UACAUCCCAGCUACUACCUAGGUGAAAUGCCUUCUCUGGAGUGUGAGGUUUGCUUAGAGUUAUACAAUGAAAGCAAUCACAUACCACGCUGUCUCAGCUGUAACCAUGUUUUGUGUACGUCAUGUAUCAUACAGCUGUUGAGAAAAGAACCUCUCAAGUGUCCCUUCUGUCGCAGCUGGCAUGGCAGAACAGUCAUCUCCUCUGCUGAUAUCCCAGUGCAUAACAGGCUAAUGUCUAUGGUAUCUGAAAACUUGAAGAGAAAUUCUACAGCAAAUGAUGAUGACGGAGCACAGAGUGAACAAGAAACUCACUUGAAUGUUGUACAGCUAAGAGCUGACAUUUUGAGAGCCAGUGAAGAAGGUACUAAUGUGUAUGCCCAAUUGUUAAGGAAUGACAAACAGGCAAGAUAUGCCAGAGUGAGCAUUAGUGAUAAUCGUUUACAUCUGCAUUGCUUGAAGGAUGAGCCACCUCUUAAUGACUCUCGUGUCAUUUCAUAUGACAUGGUUAGAGCAUUAGCUGAUGAAGUUUAUUCUGUGGUGUUUCUUGAAAUAACAUGGAAUGCUGCAGUUCAGGGAAAAGUUUACAUUCAUCUUCUAGAUGAUGCUGGAAGGACACGUCAGUUUUUAUACCUGUGCACCGGUGAACGAGGCCCAUCAUACGCCAACACACGCUUUUUAGAAGUGUCAAACAAGGGAAAUCCUGGGGAGCAGGUUUGGGGAGGUGAUUACGAAAAUAAUGAUGGAAGUGGCGGAGCAGCUUUGCCAGACAUGACACGAGGACCUAAAAAUCAUCAAGAUGUAGUUGCAGGAUUAGUGGCUGGUUUCUAUUAUCCUGGCUUUGAUCAGGACCACAAUCCUUCACAGUUUGGCAUUUACACCAGGGACAUGGCUGGAUACAUUGAAAUGUCAUCCAUGGGUCGAGUUCUGUCAGGUUUAGAAAUAAUGACUACUGUUGCUCAGCUUGUAGACUUGGGAGAUGCAUUUGUAUCGGAUUGUGGUCUGGUGCUCUUCCACUAAAUUGUUAUUGAUGGACAUCAUUUCAUUUCUCUUAAAAUUCACCUGACACAAAGGCAAAGUUUGAAACCUGCAUGUUUGUCCAUAACCAGAAACCUGUCUCAUUUUUGUUUGCAUGGUGAUAAAAAUGAUCUAAUAGUAUUUUAAGUCUGCUCCAGAAGGGCAUGUGAUUCAAUUGUCGCUGCUAACUAAUGUGUUAUAUAGUCACUUUUUAUAAAAAUUUACCCAUAUAAUGAAAAAUUAAUACUGUCAGAAAGUAAAAUCCUGGACAGGAUGUAUACCUUUUAAUCCAAUGUAUGAUUUUUUGGUGAGACUGAAUAAUAAUGAAGCACCACUUUGUAAGAGUCAUUUAUGAUGAAUCUGCCCAUGGUCUGUCAGUUGCAACAGUGUUUUGAGGUACUGGCCUAACCAUAUUCCAAAUUGGGAACAUUGUGUUCUGUUGUAACAGUUUAACAGUGUAUGAAAACAUUUUUGUAUCCUGAUUUAUAUUUCAGUUCAUCAAGUGGAUACAGUACUUCAGAGCAGAGCUUUCUUGAUGAAACCAAAGACUCAUUGUAUUGUACAUUAUGUAUAAAAUGCUAUUUUAAGUAGUACACACACAGUAUGGUAUGUGUUAAUGAAUAGUUGUUGAGGGAUUUGGAGUAUGUCAAUGAAAUUGAAAAAAUUUCUGUCAGUUUAGCAUAAGACAAUUGUUAUUUAAGAACUUUACAUAACUCUAACAACAAAAAGACAAUUUUAAUAUCAGGGAAGUAAAUAUUUGCUUAUUUAUAAAUCAAUCUAGCUAGUUAGAGCUUUAAUAGUGUAAGGAUAUAGAAACAUAGUUUUAUAUGAAGGAAGUGAACACUUACAUAAGAAUUAAGAGGCUUGUAUGUUUUAUAUGUAAUUGAUUGUAAAUUAGGAUAUUGUUAUUUAAACAUUUAUCAGUCAGAAUGGAUUUUUCAUUGUACAUUAAGCAUUUAAAAAUCUUAAAUGAAAUUUUAAGAUUGUAAUACCACUUGUUAUUUUCAGUGAAAUUAAUUUUUGUGUAAUUUUGCUAUUUACCAUACUCUUACCAGUCAUGCUCAUUUCAGUUUAAUUACAGCAGUGCAUAUUCUUGUCAUCUUCAAAAAUCUGAAAGAAUUGUCUUCUUUUGCACCAUUUUAACAUUGCAAGUCAAUUUAUUGUGAGGUCAAGAGUCAAGUAGAAAAUUUGAAAUGAUCAGUAUGCAGAUGAGAGUAAACAAUAUAUACUGUAUUUUUAAGUGAUUCAACAAUACCGAGUCAUAUUUAUAACCUGAAUGGCACUUCCCUGAAGGAAUCUUAAAUUACAGAGAAGUUGAAGAAAUUGAGCAGGUCAGUAGACACACCAAAGAGAAUGAAUGAAUUAAAAAAGUUGAAAGCGCCACAUCUGGGGACUAAAGGACAAAAUACAAAGAAUCUUUAGUAUCAGCUAGUGCCAAAGAAUAUAUGUACAGUACUCUAUAUAUUUAGUUACCCUAUGGUUGAUGCAUUUACCAUUUAGUCUAUAUACGUAUAGGUAUAUAGAUCGAGAUUCCUUAGGCCAUAUUAUUAGGAGGGUGAUAUAUAAAUAAGCUGUGAAAUGUUUAAGAAUUCAAAUCUUAUCUGUAAAGUGUUGGCAGCAGUUAAUACCUACAAACUUUCCUUAAAAGGAAUGAAGUGCAUUAAGCUUCAUUAAAAUAAAUCCCUUUUUAUUAACAUCAUAGACCAUACUGCUUGCUGUUGUAAACUCAUAAUAAUUGCAUUAGCACUGCACCUUUACAGUAAUUUGUGAUGCCUUGAUUUCAUUCCUGUUUGCAUUGAAACUACAAGCAGUCAGGUUGACUUACAACAAUUAAUUCAUAGCAUGAAUACCUGCAGUAAAUAUAUUGCACGAAUUCCUAUUCACACUGGUUAUUUUCAUGAAGGUUUUUCAACACAGCUUUUCCAUCGUGUAAUUCAGUGAAAUAUAAAUCUGCCUUGUAUAACCAAACGCCCUCUCUUCACUACUGCUAAGUAUAUUGUAAGUUUACAACCUAAAAACAAACUGUAUUCUUUGUGGUUGUGGUUAUGCUGUUAGGUAUCUGGUAUUACUUUGGUGGAUUCCAAUAAGGUAUUCUGUAUUCAGACAAGUAGCUCAUUUAUCUUGUACCAUUUCUACAGUACUCGUAUUUAUUUUGCUAGAAUUUUUUUUCCUUCCCUCUUUUUGUGCUGUUUGUAAAGAUACAUUUGGCCAAAUGUUUUGUGUUGUAACACUGAACAAUUCUAUUUCUUUUACUCUCCUAUCCCUAAUGAGUUCAUUAUAUAUAAACAAAAUUGGAAAUAUGUUUGCAUUCAUAUUUCAAAGGCCAUUGGCUUUGUAAAUUAUUAGUCUGCUGUGUAUUGUUAUACUUUAUAUUAAAAUAUAAAAUGGUUCAUUUGUAUUUUUUUUUAAUUGAAGUUUUAUUCAAUGUGUAUAAAAAGAAAAUAUUUAUUUUUUAAUUUUCACUUAUUUCUAGAAUUAAACAACUUAUUAUUACUGAACUAUAACUGCAGUGGGGCCAAUACCUUACAUUAUUUGGUUGAAAAUAU